AUGCCUGUGCAGCCAAUGACAAUGGCUGAAAGUGAGAAUGAAAACGAGUCAGCGGAAACCACACCUCGCAACUUGGAUGUGCCGUUUGCCAAGAGAAAAACCCUUCGCUCGUCGAUCAUCAAACAUGGCGGACGAGCGAAAUCGCCUGCAGGCACAGGCGGCAGAAAAACAGUUUCGUUUUCAUCGAAAAACAGUGAUGCCAAGAUUUCAAAUGUAAGCGACUGCUGGAACUACAUGCAAACUGGAAGUGAUUUCGUGAAGUUGCGCGGCACGAAUCGUCAAUUCCGACGGUUUUUCAGUUUGGACGCCGAUUUGUCGUAUAUUCGGUGGACGCCUACAAAUAAGAAGCCGCACAAGGCGAGGAUAGCCAUCGACGAGAUCCGUGAAAUCCGGCUCGGCAAGAACACCGAGCUCCUCCGCUCAUCUGAUGAAGUUUUUUCGGAUUUACAGGAAGAAUGUCUAUUUUCCAUAAUCUAUGGUGACAACUAUGAAACACUCGAUUUGAUUGCGUCGAGUGGGGAUGACGCGAACAUUUGGGUGACUGGACUGAUGGCACUGACUUCGAAUAAAUACGAUUGUAAGCCCUCGAGCUCCCAGUUCGCCACCCUGCGUGAACGUUGGAUCGAGUCGGUUUUCGACGAGUUCGACACCAAAAAGAGUGGACAUCUGGACGAACAGACAGCGUUCAAAGCGAUUCUUCAUAUCAACUCCAGAAUUUCCCAUCAUCGACUGACAAACAAAAUCAAGGAGGUCACAAUUGGUGCCGAGGAGUCGGAGAGGGGAAAAAUCGAGAAGACAAAGUUUGUGGACUUGUAUAAGGAGAUUGGGACACGUCCGGAAGUCUAUUUUUUGAUGGUUCGAUACGCCAAUAAGGACUACUUGUCAUGUCAGGAUUUGCGGCUCUUUUUGGAGACAGAGCAAGGGAUGGUCGGUGUAACAACGGACAACUGCGAGACGAUCAUAGAGCAGUAUGAACCGUGUUGCGAAGCCCGAGAGAAUAAUCUGAUGACUGUCGAUGGGUUCACUUCGUUCCUUUUCUCACCGGAUUGUGGAGUGUUUGAUCCGAAUCAUCGCGUCGUCACGAUGGAUAUGAAGCAGCCAUUCUCCCGGUAUUUUAUCUCAAGUUCCCGGAAAUCAUACUUGGUGGAAGACCAACUCGGACCUUCGUCUGCUGAUGGGUUCUCGUCGGCACUCAAGAGGAAUUGCAGGUUUUUGGAAUUUGAUAUAUGGGACCCGAACGAAAACAACGGAGAGUUGGAACCAAUGAUUCAAAACGGUCAAACUGCACAUUCCAAGAUCCCGAUAUCAAAUGCCUUACGGACUAUAAGAGAGUUUGCAUUCGAGCGGAGCAGAUUCCCACUACUCCUCAAAAUAUCGAUCCAUUGUUCGACGGAUUGGCAGAAAGUGGCUGCUAAGCUGAUUGUGACCCAUUUGGGGACUAGAUUGUACCUUCCAACAAGUGACCCAACAGAUUGGGAUGACGAGAAGAACUGCCCGACACCAUGGGAUUUUCAGAACAGGAUUUUGAUCAUUGGAAAGAAGCUGGAAGAUCCGGAAGCGGAGAACGGCGAUGUGUCGGAGGAAGAUGACUCAUUGGCAAGCACAACGAGAAGGAAGUCGAGGAGAAUAACUCUUUGCAAGGAGUUGUCAGAUUUGGUACCUGUAUUUUUCAAUGUGAAAACUCUCAAUGAUUUGUUAUCCACUGCACCGGGAUCGACUACAAUGUCCUCCCGAAAAAACAUGGCAUCCGUCAACGAGUCGACGUGUCUCCGCCUAAUGCACACGUACGCCACAGACUUUGGCCAGGCCACUCGUAACUACUGUGUCCGUGUUUUCCCCAAUCCGUCUCGCGUGGAUUCCUCGAAUCUGAAUCCCCAAGAAUUCUGGAAUAACGGUGUCCAGAUGGUCUGCUUGAACUACCAGACGCCCGGGUUGAUGAUGGAUUUGCAGGAAGGAAAAUUCUCGGACAACGGAGGAUGCGGCUACGUGUUAAAGCCACAAGUCAUGAAAGACGAUAUGUUUGUUCCAUCCGACCGUGUGCCAACAUCUCCUCAAAUUCUCCAUCUCCGAGUGCUCUCCGGCCAACAACUCCCGCGUCCACGUGGCUCGAAUGCCAAGGGAGACAGUGCUGACCCGUUUGUCGUCGUGGAAAUCUUCGGGUUACCCGGGGAUUGUGCAGAGGAACGGACAAGGACAGUGAGGAAUGAUAGCAUCAACCCAUCCUUCGACGAGUCAUUCCAAUUCCAAGUGUCCGUACCGGAGCUCGCGCUGGUUCGAUUCCUGGUGCUCGACGACGACUUCAUUGGCGACGACUUCAUCGGUCAGUACACCAUUCCAUUCGAGUGUCUUCAACCGGGUUAUCGACACAUUUAUCUGCUGAAUAACGAGGGCGAUCCGUUGGAGAAUGCCACGUUGUUCGUCCACGUGGCAAUUACGAAUCGACGUGGCGGUGGAAAGGCGAAGAAGCGGGGGAUGUCGGUGAAAAGGAAGAAUUCGAGGAUUUCUUCAGGGAUGAAACUGGUGGGAAUCAAAUCGGUUGAUGAUCAGUUCAAGGUAGCGGUGGUGCCUCUCGCCGAGUCAACCGCCAUGAGAAACCGUCUGGAGAAUGCGAUGAUCGAUUGGCAGGAGGAGUGUGGUCUCGGACCUGCAGGGACUAUCAGACAAGGCAUUCGACUUAUACAUUCUAGAAUGAUCACGUUGGCAGUUAAUUCCUCCCCACCGCCAUCACCAACAUCUUCUGCUGAGAAUCCACGUGGCGAGGUGACACCCUCUUUCAUUAUCGAUAGUGAUGAGCAUGGAUACCCUGCUAUCCUUACUGUCGGAACGCUUCCCGACCAACUUCAACGAUCAUUCAAUAAGCUGAAGAACCUGAUUGCACACUGUGUGACAACACUCUCACAAUCGGAUUCAUUGUUGACUAAAAUCGAAGAUUCCAUUCGUCGAAUCUCCGAAUGUCACGAGGAACUCACGAAAUUAUGUGCGGAAUCUGGACUAAAAGGACAAAAAGCGACGAGAGCCGCCGAGAAUUUCACAUGGAAUUUGAGACUACUCAAGGCUCAGUUGAAUCUGAUGAACAAGUCACAGGAAGAGGCGCAGGAUGUUGUCACUCAGGUCUUCGACACCGGCGGCGUGCUGGGCGUACUCUCCCAAAAACUACUAAUCCGCAAAAAUGGGCGGAGAUUUUCACGUGUCAUUGCCGACCCCGUCAAGGAUUCGGUGCUUUGA